AUGCAGGACAUAUUGAAAGAAGGACUUGAAUUAUGUACGGAAGAUCUUAGUAAUGCAGACAUUCCAGUAACAGAGAAGCAAGUCGAAUGAAAACAGAAACAGGAAGAGCGUAAUGGAGAGGCAGAAGAACUUAGAAAAGAGAACAAAAGGAAAUUGAGGUUAGCAAAUAUAGGUAAAUUUGAAGCCAUUCCGGAUGGUAUGACGCCGAAGGAAUUCUUAAAGCAAGUUUGA